GCUAACACACAUUCCACCGAUAAGAUGGUGGGCCCAUUCAUGCAGGGUAUAUUGCUGAUAGGCAUUAUCUAUUGGUAUUCGAAGAGCAUGAUGUCCAUGAUUAAUGAUUAUUAUCGUAGUGAAUUUCAACGUAAACUUCAAGCUGCAGGCGAGGCGAAGGCCGUCGAGGAGACGCCUCUAAAUGUGGACAAUUUUAUGGACUAUGUGCGUGAGCUGGAAACUAAGGAGCAGCCAACGAAACAGGCAGUUCCAAGUUCCAUUAAGCCAUUAAAUAUAGGACAAACCAAAAAGCUACUCUAUUUCCUCUACAUCACAGGUGUCUACCGCUUGCCUGAUCUUUGCAACGCGGCUGACAGUGCCAUAAGCUAGUUUUAUAUACGAUAUCAAAUAGAACUGUUCUUAUUUACUUAAUAGUAUAUAUUAUAUUUAUUGCUCUAAUCAUUUUCUAAAGAAUACAACAAUCUUUUGUGU